UUAUGGGUGGUGUCUAUCGGGCAGGAAGUACUGGUGAAAUUGAUAUUACUCAUCAUAGAAUAAAUGUAACAAUAGCACUUAGUUAUCGGUGGACGAUUGCAUGAUGUUUCAGAAGUCACUUCACGUUGGACACAUCUGUCAGAAGGUGUUGAUGGCGGCCAUGCUUGUGUUUUUCCAAGACCAGCGCACAGCACAGGCAUGGACCUACAACUACAGCACCAGUCCGAACCAAAGGUGGACUCAGGCCCGUCAGUGGUGCCGGAACCACUUCACAGACAUUGUCAGCAUUCACAGCCAAGAAGAGACUGACUUCAUCAACGAACUGCUGCCGCUUCACACAAAAUAUUACUGGAUUGGCAUUAGUAGGGUUACUAGUGGAGUGUGGACCUGGGAGGACACAAAUGAGACAGUGCCAGAAGCUUUUCAGAACUGGGCUGAAGGGGAGCCAGAUGACAUUCCGGAUCAGGACUGUGUGGAGAUUUACAUCAAGAGAGAUAAAGACACGGCCAGGUGGAACAACGAGAAGUGUAAUUCUAGGAAGGGAACAGUUUGUUACUCUGCUUCUUGUAAACAGGACUCCUGCAGUGUCUACGCAGCCUGUGUGGAGACCGUAGGGAACUAUACCUGCCAGUGCCAUCCUGGUUUUUUUGGACCACGCUGUGACGACGCAAUCUCAUGCGAACCUCUGGCGGACCCAGAAAAUGGUUUUCAUGACUGUUUCCACCCCCAUGGAUCUUAUCGUUUCAAGUCUUCUUGCUAUUUCUUCUGUGAUCUUGGCUUUCAUCUGGUGGGGGCACCUCAAGUGUUCUGCCAAGACACAGAACACUGGGACCACACGGCUCCUCUGUGUCAAGCCGUACAGUGUCCUGUGUUGGACAACACCAACACCAGCAGAGGACGUCUCAAUUGCAGUCACCCCAUUGCACCAUAUAGUUACAACUCCACCUGUGAGGUCAUCUGUGAUGAAGGCCAUGAGCUCAGCGGAGAGGGACAGAUACGUUGUGAUCAUACCGGCUGGUGGACGGCCAGUGUCCCAACAUGUGAAGUGGUCCAGUGCAGCAGCCUCCAGCCUCCUCCUCAUGCUGCGGCCCUGCAGUGUCAGGAUCCUAUAGCAGAGAACAGCUAUGGAUCCACAUGCACCACAGAAUGUGAGGAGGGAUUUGAUCUGAUUGGCUCAAACGUGACAAAAUGCUCUUCGAGGGGCAACUGGACCCACACACUUCCUGUCUGCCAGGCUAAGAGAUGUCUCUCUCUGACUUCUCCUGUAAAUGGCACUCUAACCUGCUCCACUCCUCAUGGACAGUUCAGUUUUGGGUCUCGGUGCACGUCCACCUGUGACGAGGGUUUUCUCCUGAAGGGCACAGCUGACACAGAGUGCACCUCUCUGGGCACGUGGAGCUCUGAUGUCCCAUCCUGCACUGCUAAGAGAUGUCUCACGUUGACCUCUCCAGUUCAUGGCUCCUUAUUCUGCUCCCACCCCUAUGGAAACUUCAGUUUUCAAUCCCACUGCACGUCCACCUGUGACGAGGGCUUUCUGCUGAAUGGGACAAGGACAACUCAGUGCACGUCUACAGGCCAAUGGAGCGCAGACACUCCUAACUGCCUGGUGGUCCAGUGCAGCAGCCUCCAGCCUCCUCCUCAUGCUGCGGCCCUGCAGUGUCAGGAUCCUAUAGCAGAGAACAGCUAUGGAUCCACAUGCACCACAGAAUGUGAGGAGGGAUUUGAUCUGAUUGGCUCAAACGUGACAAAAUGCUCUUCGAGGGGCAACUGGACCCACACACUUCCUGUCUGCCAGGCUAAGAGAUGUCUCUCUCUGACUUCUCCUGUAAAUGGCACUCUAACCUGCUCCACUCCUCAUGGACAGUUCAGUUUUGGGUCUCGGUGCACGUCCACCUGUGACGAGGGUUUUCUCCUGAAGGGCACAGCUGACACAGAGUGCACCUCUCUGGGCACGUGGAGCUCUGAUGUCCCAUCCUGCACUGCUAAGAGAUGUCUCACGUUGACCUCUCCAGUUCAUGGCUCCUUAUUCUGCUCCCACCCCUAUGGAAACUUCAGUUUUCAAUCCCACUGCACGUCCACCUGUGACGAGGGCUUUCUGCUGAAUGGGACAAGGACAACUCAGUGCACGUCUACAGGCCAAUGGAGCGCAGACACUCCUAACUGCCUGGUGAAGACAUGUCCACGUCUGGACUCUCCCCCUCAUGGCUCUCUGCUCUGCUCCGAUCCUCACGGAGAGUUCAGUUUUGCUUCUCGUUGCACAUCAUCCUGUGAUGAUGGCUUUCAACUGAAUGGUCGUGCUGACACUGAGUGCACGUCUGCGGGCAAAUGGAGCCGUAAAAAAGCCAAAUGCAAGGCCCGACCAUGCCCCCUACUGGCCAAGGCUCCACACCGUGGGAGGAUGAACUGCAGCCAUCCACACUCCGAUUUCAGUUAUGAAUCCCACUGUAACUUUGAAUGUUCUGAGGGUUUCUUGUUGAUAGGGACACCAACUGUUACAUGUAACUCCUCAGGAAACUGGAGUCAGGAUCUACCCACCUGCCAACUGGUGCAGUGUGAGGCCAUCAACACCACAAGUCUGCCCAUGUCUAUGAACUGCACCCACCCUCUGGGUAAUUUCAGCUUUGCCUCCUACUGCCUUCUCAGCUGUGAUGAUGGAUUCUCCAUGAAUGGCAGUGGGGGGCUGCUUUGCACCUCCACUGGAGUUUGGAGUGACACUCUGCCCAAAUGCUUAGAUGAUUCACCAGUGGCUGGUGCCAUAUUUUUUUCCACUGGAUUCAGGGUACUCUAUAUUAGUGUUCCAAUUUUUCUUUUUCUAGUAGGACUGGCUGUGUUCAUUUUUACAAGAUUUAAGAGCAAAGGAGCCUUAAUAAUGGCUGCUCCUCUUUAUGAGGAACACUGGAACCCAGCUUUUGAGUCGUAAACUUUUUGUCCCACUUGUAAAAUGCAGCAAUUGUAAAUGCUACUGAUUAAUGCUAUUUCAGUAAUAAAUGCAAUAACUUAAAAAAACA